GUCUAUGUUGAAGGUUUACUUUGUUAUAUGUCAGUAUUUUAUCAGGAAUGGUUGUUAUUGUUUGAAGUGUUCCAGGUGUCCACUACUGCAAUGAAGCAGCAACAAAAACUCAUCCAACAGGACAGAGCACUGCUCAAUUUCACACAAUGGAAGAUAAACCAUGGCCUGCAGAUGAAAUAUUGCCAAAUGUUGAUGCAGAAGUCUUUCAGUUCAGCCCAUAACUGCAGCCCUUGUCCAGACAACUGGAUUCGCAAUGGAGAAAGUUGUUACCGUGUCUUUGAAAGCUGGACAGUUUGGCACACCGGUAGAGAGGAUUGUUUGAAGGAGGGAUCUAAGCUUCUACAAAUAGACAGCAAAGAAGAAAUGGACUUUAUCACUGGCAGCCUGAGGAAGAUCAAAAGAAACUAUGAUUACUGGGUGGGACUGUCUCAGGAUGGGUCCAGCCAACCUUGGCUUUGGCAAGACGGCUCCUCUCCUCCCCCUGAUCUGUCACCAAUACAGGGACCCCAAUCAACUAACCAGGUCUGUGGAUACCUCAGAAACAACGGCCUUUCUUCUGCUGACUGCAGCACUUGGAAAUAUUUCAUCUGUGAGAAAUACGCGUUAAGAUCUUCUACCUGAAAGAAAGUUUGCUUGAAGUGAUUGCUCCAUUAUGGUAAUACCUGCAACAGAUCAUUGGAAAACCUGUAACAAUGAGUUUAAGAGUCAGCGCAGAAGUAAACCAGUGCAAGGGUUGUGAAACCAGCUACCCGAGACACAAGACCUAUCUUGCAUUUACACUUGGUAAUUAUUCCUCAACAUUUUCCAGAUGUUCCUUUGACAUUGUUCAGAUUAAUUACCGAGAAUAAAAUUGGUUUAGAGCAACAGAGGACAAAACCCUAAAGAGUGGAAAACAAGCUGAAGAAAAAUCAUUUCUAUUUGUCAUUUUUUUUCUUCCUCUCUCUCUCUCUUUUUAACUUAGAGUGACCGUGAACUCGACAGAAAAAUCUAUAAGU